AUGGUGAGUGAGAGUGUCGCGGAGAGAACUGGGUAUCUGAAAGGUGAGAUGAGGAUGGAUGGUUACAGUGUUGAGAAAGUGGUUGAUGUAUCUAAAGCACAGAUAUUCUAUGGAUCACAGACUGGAACUGCAAAGCAUCUCUCUCUCCAGUGCUCCAACAAGUUGGUCUGUAUGUUCCUAUUGGCUGUGUACACUGACGGACAUCCCACAGAAAAUGCUGAAUGGUUCUGUAAGUGUCUGGAGGAGGCAUCCACUGACUUCAGAUAUGGGAACGCCUACCUGAAAGGACUGAGAUAUGCAGUGUUUGGCCUGGGCAACUCUGUGUAUGGCUGCCAUUACAAUACGGUGAGUAAGAAUGUGGACAAGUGGCUGUGGAUGCUGAGCGGCAUCCGGGUUCUGUCCAGAGGAGAUGGCAACUGCAACGUAGCGAAUAGCCACAAUGGCAGCGUGCAUGCUGACUUUCUGGUCUGGAAGACCAAGUUCCUGAGCUGCCUGCAGGCCCUGGUUGCAGGGCAGAAGAAGGCCUGUAGUGGAAACUGUAAUAUGGGCAGCUCAUGUAAGACCAGGAACAGGAAGAAACCACAGUCCUCAGUCUUCUCCUAUCAGGAGGAGCUGGUAGAGUCCAGUAGUGACGAGGAGACAACUGGGUCAGAGGAGAAUAGCCCAGGCUCAGUCAUCGAUGUGGAGGAUCUAGGAAACAUCUUGAACGGCAUCAAGAAAGCCAAGGCUCCAUGGGGACACCAGGGAUACAAAGUCAUAGGAAGUCACUCAGGAGGCAAGCGUUGUCGUUGGACCAAGUCCAUGCUAAGAGGAAGAGGAGGUUGUUACAAGCCCUCCUUUUAUGGCGUCGAGUCCCACAGGUGUAUGGAGUCCACCCUUAGCCUCGUCUGUGCCAACAAGUGUGACUUCUGCUAGAGACACCACACUAACCCGGUGGGCACAGAGUGGCGCUGGAAGAUGGCUGCUGAGAAGAUACUACUGGAGGCUGUGGAGAACCACCAGAACAUGUUCCGACAGCAAGGGGGAGGGAACAAGUGUACAUCACAGGCAGAGGAGGUUUGUGCAGUCAUUAGGCUCUCCAGCUUCAUGGUCCCCAAGGCACAGUUCCCCCAGGAGAUCAGAAAUCUAGUACCGGUAACCAAGCUGUAUGUGAGUGUGGGUGCCGGCACCAAGGGCAGUCUGAAAAAGAUCGACCAGCUGCUCUUCAACGACUUCUGGCCGAGGUUCCUAGACAGCCUCAAGGCUCUGGCAGUCUCUCGACAGAGGACAGUGUACAAACUGACUCUGGUGAAGACGUGGACUGUAGACAAACUGAAGGCCUACUCAGACUCGCUGGGACAACCUGAUUUCAUUGAGGUCAAGUUAAAGGUGGAGGGAGAGUGGUGGACGUGGAUAGACUACGAGCGGUUCCAGGAGCUUGUCCAGGCCUGAGGCAGCCAGACCUUCUCUGCCCAGGACCACAUGGCCAAGACCCCAACCCAGGCCCUGUUUGGUGCCCAGGAGUGAGGUUUCGACCCAACAGACACACGCUACCAGAGGAGACACAAGACCAAAGAUAUCUCAGGAUGCUGAGAAAGAGAGAGAGUAGAAGAGAGGAGAGACAGAAAUUCCUCCUCUCCUUCCACACAAUCUUAGACUUUUACUGUUCACAAUCAGUUUUAAUGUAUUGAGAGAGACUUAAAGUGAGUGAUAGAAUGGAAGAGAGAGUAUUAUGGAUAUUAAACCAUUUGGAACAUACAAGUGUCUUUAACUUAUAUCGAACUGCACUGUCCAAUUUACAAUAGGCUUUAAAGCGAAAGUAUGCCAUGCAAUUAUUUGAGGAUGGCGCCCCACAUCAAAAUAUUUAUCCACCAACACAGGUUUCAGAAAUUCACAAAUAGUGAUUAAAUAUUCACUUACUUUUGGAAAAUCUUCCUCUGAUUUGUCUUCCAAAGGGUC